ACUUCCCCACUUCCCAAGUUUCCUUUUUCGUUGCAAUUUUCGUUUUGAAGUAGAGUGUUUCCAAAAAAAUAAAUAUAAAUAAAAUAAAUUUUGAAGAGCAAGGGUUUUUGGAUACCUGAAAUGGCUGAUCACGCGGAGGAUUUGGACAAGAAAGAAGAGACUUUGAUUGAGAAACCAGCGGAGAAGGUUCACGGAGACCAUGAUUCGUCGUCAUCCGCGUCGUCGGAGUCGGACUCUGAGAAGAAGGUGAAAUCGAAGCCGGCAUCUUCUCCGACUUCGGUGAAGGAUAAGAUUUCCAGGCUGUUCGGAAGGGAGAAACCGGUUCACCAGGUUUUCGGUGGAGGCAAACCUGCUGAUGUUUUCUUGUGGAGGAAUAAAAAGAUUUCUGCUGCAGUCCUUGGAGGAGCUACCGCUGUUUGGGUCCUUUUUGAACUACUUGAGUACCACCUACUUACUCUGGUCUGCCACAUUCUGAUUCUCGCACUAGCAAUUCUGUUCUUGUGGUCAAAUGCAACAACUUUCAUUAACAAGUCUCCCCCACGUAUUCCAGAAGUUCGCCUUUCAGAGGAGCCAUUCCGUCAGGUUGCUGCUGCUGUUAGGUUUGAGAUUAACCGCGCUCUUGCUUUGUUGCGUGAAAUUGCGUCUGGGAGAGACCUGAAGAAGUUUUUGGCUGUUGUCUCUGGAUUGUGGUUCUUCUCAAUUCUUGGUAGUUACUGCAAUUUCUUGACACUGUUCUACAUCACUUUUGUCUUGCUUCACACCUUACCUGUACUCUAUGAGAAGUAUGAGGAUAAGAUAGACUCAUUUGCUCAGAAGGCAAUGAUUGAGAUCAGGAAGAAGUAUGCAGUUUUUGAUGAAAAAGUUCUGAGCAAAAUUCCAAGGGGACCUUCGAAGGACAAAAAGAGAGCAUAAUUGUGGUGAUUCACUCAUCUUUGGUACCAGAUAUCAGCUGUGGUUUCUCAAGAGUAGCUUUAUUUUCUCUGCUUUCUUAAAGCGUGCUAGUUUUAUCCCCGGCUCGGAGCCUGUGGCUUGUGGCUUGGGAAGAAUUUACUGAUCUGAUGGGUUAGCUGCAUUUUUUUUUUUUUGAUGGAUACCCUACUUGUAGCAGCAGUAAGCUCGAUAGAUGGUGGUUACUUUAGUCACUAGACAUUCGCACUCAGAAUUUUGGAACCCUUGUUUGUCUUUCAAGCUCCUGGAAUACUGGGCAUUUGUGCGGGAAUAUAAUUGUCGAACGCGUGCGAUGUGGAUUGUGGAAUUAACAUGUAUAGGUUUUGCCUGA